UUAAUUCAUAUAAUGACAGUGGAGGAACAACAUAUGAGUCACUGAAUAAUACAUCCAUUAUGAAGAAUGGAGUCAUUCCAGAAGAAAUUAAUUCUCAGGAUACGAAUUUAUCAAAGACAAAAGAAAACUUUUCCUUGGUGAAAGAUGACAAUCUACAUAAUGGAGAAAAUGAGCAAAGAGAAGAUGUGGAACAACCAAUAGAGCAUGUCAAUAUUACUGGAGAAAUUGUCAUACCACCAGGUGGAAAAACAUACAUAGUGAUCAUAUGCACAGCUGUAAAUCCUGGACACAGUAGAGAACUCCUGUUGCUUGGUUUUUCUGAUUUUACUGUUGGACGCUAUAUUGAAGCCACCAUAACAAAUCAGGAAGAAUUACUAAUAGCACCUGUGGAACCAUUUUCUCCAAGAAAGCCUAAAAUUAUUGCAGAACCUCAGCCAAGGAAGACAACAGUGGUUGCCCCUAAAUACAGAAGAAAUCACAGAAAGUAUUUGCCAAGCUUUCUCCCACAUUAUACCAUACCAGAUGACUUAAGAAGAUGUGUGGAGCAGAAGUUAGACAUACUGACCUUUCAGCCUUUCCUAGCAGAGCCUCUUAAUCUAGAUAAUUAUAAAGCAAACUUUUCUGCUCUCUUGUGGCUUGAAGAAAUCCAUGCAGAAAUGGAGAUGAAAGACUUUAACAUGAGUGGGGUUACUUUGAAAAGAAAUGGGAACUUCUUAGUAUUGGAAGUGCCAGGAGUAGAAGAGGGCAGACCUCACCUGAUUACAGGUGAUAAGGUGAUACUGAAAAGUCAGGUCUACUCUGAGCAUAUAAUAGAGUACGUUGCCUAUAUUACUGAGAUAUGUAAUGAAGAUGUUACUCUUAAAUUUAAUGCAGACUUUGAACAGACUUACAACUUGGAACCCAUGGAUGUGGAAUUUGUUCACUGCAGGCUUACUAGCAGGCGAUGCCAUUUGGCAGUUGAGCAAGCUAUCUACCUGGGUGAAAAAGUGUUAUUUCCAGAAAGGCUUGUCUUACAAUCACCGCAAGUUAUCAAGACCCAGAAUGCUACUGAGUAUUGUGGUGUUGAUGAUGGCCUUGAACAGUGUUCCCAGCAGGAAUGUAAGGUAAAAAAACUGCAGAACCAUCAAGCAAAAUGCAUGGCAUCAAGGGAGAUGAACAUAACAGAUGUGAUAAAAGUAGCUGCGCAAACAAGCCAACUUGUUUGUGAAACUGUGCCACUUAAACAGAGAGCUGGUGAAUUUUUCAAUCCUAUGCUGAAUGAGCAACAGAAACUGGCAGUGAAAAGGAUACUGAGUGGUGAAUGUCGUCCAACACCUUAUGUUCUCUUUGGACCACCAGGAACUGGAAAAACAUUAACAGUAAUUGAAGCUAUUUUACAGAUACAUUAUACUCUACCAGGUAGUCGAAUUUUGGUUUGUGCACCAUCAAAUGCUGCAACAGAUCUGAUUUGCUUACGGCUGCAUCAAAGCAAUCUGUUAAAACCAGGAGCUAUGGUCCGAGUUAAUGCUAGCUUCAGGUCAGCAGAGCAAAUUGAUGACAUGGUGAAACCUUACUGCAAAGAUGGUGAUGAUAUUCGGAAAGCAUUGUGGUUCAGAAUAAUAAUUACCACAUGCAGCAGUGCAGGAAUGUUUUAUCAAACAGCAACACGGCUUGGACACUUCACUCAUGUGAUUCUGGAUGAGGCAGGGCAAGCAAAUGAACCAGAGAGCCUGAUUCCUAUUGGGUUGAUUUCAGAAGCUAAUGGACAGAUAGUUCUUGUUGGAGAUCCAAAGCAGUUAGGGCCAGUAAUAAAAUCUAAAAUUGCACUGACUUUUGGAUUAAAUAUGUCCUUGCUGGAAAGACUGACAUCAAGAGAGAUAUAUCUGAGAGAUGAGGAUGCUUUUAGUGCCUGUGGAGCAUAUAAUCCUUUGUUGAUCACAAAACUUGUAAAGAACUACAGGUCACAUUCUGCAUUGCUUGCCUUGCCAUCUAAAUUGUUUUAUCAUAAGGAGCUAGAAGUUUGUGCAGAUGCUUCAGUAGUAACUUCUUUGUUGCACUGGGGGAAAUUGCCCAGGAAGGGAUUUCCAUUAAUUUUUCAUGGAAUAAGGGGCAGUGAAACACGUGAAGGUCACAGUCCUUCAUGGUUUAAUCCAACUGAAGCAGUUCAAGUAAUGCAGUACUGUUGCCACCUUGCUAAAAAUGAAAAUGCUGCAGUGUCAGUGACUGAUAUUGGAGUGAUUACACCAUAUCGUAAACAGGUGGAAAAAAUUCGAUUUCUUCUGAGAAGUAUUGAUUUGGCAGACAUUAAAGUUGGCACAGUAGAAGAGUUUCAAGGGCAGGAGUACAUGGUUAUCAUCUUAUCAACAGUGCGAUCUCAUGAAGGCUUAUUUGGUGAUGACAUGUACUGUUUGGGCUUUCUGUCUAAUCCGAAGAGAUUUAAUGUAGCAAUUACUAGAGCAAAAGCUUUGCUGAUUGUCGUGGGAAAUCCUCAUGUUCUUGUGAAAGAUCCCUGUUUUUGUGCACUGUUAGAAUACAGUUUAAUGAAUAGAGUUUAUGUAGGUUGUGACCUGCCUUCAGAGCUGGAAUGCCUGCAGAAGUGAGUGUCUGGUCUUCACUUUAACCUUGCUAGAUAUGGAUCAGUUUACAAUAUUUUUAAAGCUAGUAAUCAUUUGAAAGAUUGAUAAAUACAACAACCUGUCAUAUCAUAGUAAGAUUUGAUUUUGCAGUCUUAAGUACUGUAGACAUAAUAACAUGUAAUGCAAUUGUAUUUUCUCACUUCCCAUAAGAAGAGUCUAAGCACUAACUAUUAAAUAAGAGCUGUUGUUAACUUUGGUAUUGUAUGUAUCUCUAAAUGUUGCAUUACAUAUUUGAUGA